AUGGACGAUGACGACGAGUACAGUGACUUGACGCCGUUGCUGGGAGCUCAGCGGCCAGUUCGGCGUGGAAUUUGGCGCGCCAGGCAAUUCUUCGAAUCGAUCGCCCCACAAGAAGAAUUCAAAGACGAAGAUGCCCUCCUCGAAUAUCUCUAUUCUCGAAGCCACAAAAUGCAACCCAAAGACGGCCCGAAACCACCAGAAGUGAAGUCAAAGCAUGGUCCACACGUGUUGAAAGAUCAUCCCACCCAUAAUCUGCCUCCAACCACCCCAUCUCCUCUUGAUGAUGGCUCUCGUGCCUCCCCCUCACACAGCGGUAUCGCCCGGUCUUCCGGUGAGGACUUUGCCAUCAUCCAUAUCACGCCCGGACAACAGCCAAGGCAUAUUGCUGACGUUGCUCGCCGACAACACGCUAACGGUGCGAAUUUCCCACUGGGACCCGUUCCGACUGCCAAGAAAAGCGCCGCUCCACCGCCGCUUCAUCCGCGCAAACUUCGACCAGAAGGUGACCUGAAAUCUCCGUCCGUGAUGGCUCCUCUUUUACGCCAGACCGGUACGGCUUCACCUCCUCACCCACACCGUAGCCCCAGGCUAAAUCAUCAUGCUCAGGCGUUCAUCUUCCCCGAACCUACCCCUGCGGCUCCUCAAAGGCUGAAGCCACCGGCACCUCCGCCAGUUCCGGCUUCUACCUCGAGUGAACAUCGUGUCACCCUCCCAACCACUUCUCCUCGUGGAGACUAUCACGACCUGGCUCGUCUUCAACACCUCCGCCAGUCCCUCCGCCACGUCCACCAAAGCCUGGACAUC